AUGAAUGGGCAGGCAAGCUUGGCUGGCCCUGAGAUGACAUGGGUGGUUGCAGAACACACGGCCACCUCGAACGGAGAAUUGAGCGUGACGAAGGGCCAACAGGUCGAGGUGGUGGAGCCUUGGCAGGCGCGGAGCGACUGGUGGAUCGUGCGCGCGCCCGGCGAACCACCCCAAGAGGGCGCGGUGCCGGCCUACAUACUCAAGCCCCAACCCCAGCACCAUCCCCAACAGAAGACGUCCCCGUCCCGCCGACCACUCAGCCAGCCAUGCGAUGAGGCGCUGGCCAAUAAUGGGCCGAUUGUGGGUAAUCAGUCACCCUGGCCCCUGAUACGGGAGCUGGGAACUGCCCCCAAUUACGCCGGCUGGGCGAUGGCCAGGGAGGGGCGUACAAUUCACGGCCAAGCCGACCCACGCUCGGGCGCUCCACUAAGCUGUCUGACCGAACGCUCCGACGAUACCUUUGCC